UGCUGGUCCCACAGUGUGACCUGGGUCCCUGUACGGCCUCCCAUUGCUUCCACUCUGCCAUGUGCCACUUUGAAAUGUCCUCACACUCCUGCAGUUGUCCAUUUUGUCAUAGGUUGCUGGCAGAUUACAGGCCUUCCAUAGGUGCCACCCAGGCCCCAAAUCGGCCAUGGGCCCCCCUACCGCCUGGUCACGCUGCUGCUGCUGGGCCCACAGUGUGACCUGGGUCCCUGUACCGCCUCCCAUUGCUCCCACUCUGCCAUGUGCCACUUUCAGGUCUCCUCACACUCCUGCUGGUUUCCAUUUUGUCAUAGGUUGCUGUAUGGCCUCCCAUUGCUGCUGGCUCCACCGCCACACUGUGGCUCCAAACACUGGUUUUGGCCCCGUGACUGGCCAAAUGAGU